AUGUUUUCACACUACCUCAGUCAUAUCGGUGGUACUUUAACCCAAUUUAUAAUCGAAAAACCACUUACAACUCCAUUUCAAGCUGCUUUGACAUGCUCACAAAUUAAUGGAUUAUCAACUUGGAGUAAUAUGUCUUUCCUUGCAAGAAAGAAUUCUUUGUUUAAAUCCCUUCCUUGUUCUAUUAUAAACGCAGUUCCAUUAACUAUAAGUGAACAACUAGCGAUCAGACUCUUAUUAACUGAAAAAGAAAAACAAACUCACAAAAUUUCUCUUUGUAAACAACUUGCAGUUACUUCACUUUCAACGAUAACGUCAUUCCCUUUUACUUAUCUUGAAAUAAUUAAUCGAACUCGUUGUUGCUCUGAUAUUAAUAUAAAAGAUAUUAAAUAUGCCAUUCCUCGACCACUUAAUAUUCCUAUAAUUCCAUUAUACUGGAAUAUAUUAAGAAAUAUUACAUAUUCUACAUCACACUCAUUCACUUCUCUUAAACUACAAAACACUAAAUACUUCUCUUCAAAUAGUUUGAUAAAAACUAAUGCUAUUUCAUCAAUGGUUGGAACACUUCUUUCAUACCCAUUUGAUGUUCUUCUUGUUCGUUCUAUUCACAACUAUUCCACUGGUUUUUCUCCAUCACUUCUUACCCAUGGAAUAUGUACUCAACUUCUACUAAAUGUUUGCUUGUCAUCAGUUUAUGGUUAUUUGGCUGAGAGGUAUUACGAAAAACACCCUUUAAAAAGGUCAUUAUUUGGAUCGAUUAAAUCUAUGUUUUUUGCUUCUCAGUAA